AUGUCAGCCACUAGUACCGUUCCUUCAGAUAUAGCAUCUCAGCCUCCAAUGUCAGCCACUAGUACCGUUCCUUCAGAUAUAGCAUCCACAUCAGCCUCCACUCCUGCAAUGUCAGCCACUAGUACCGUUCCUUCAGAUAUAGCAUCCACAUCAGCCUCCACUCCUGCAAUGUCAGCCACUAGUACCGUUCCUUCAGAGAUAGCAUCGACAUCAGCCCCCACUCCUGCAUUGUCAGCCACUAGUACCGUUCCUUCAGAUAUAGCAUCCACAUCAGCCUCCACUCCUGCAAUGUCAGCCACUAGUACCGUUCCUUCAGAUAUAGCAUCCACAUCAGCCUCCACUCCUGCAAUGUCAGCCACUAGUACCGUUCCUUCAGAUAUAGCAUCCACAUCAGCCUCCACUCCUGCAUUGUCAGCCACUAGUACCGUUCCUUCAGAUAUAGCAUCCACAUCAGCCUCCACAUCUCCACUCCUGCAAUGUACCGUUCCUUCAGAUAUAGCAUCCACAUCAGCCUCCAGCAAUGUCAGCCACUAG